AGUGAGGUUUGUAUCUGAUCAGUCCUGCAUUCCUCGCGGGCAGAUGGAUGAUCUUUCCUCACGACAGAGAUCAGGACUUGAUCGAGAUCACUGAGCUCUGUUACCGGCAGGUGACAGUAAGGGGGCUGUGCAUGGAUGGCUGAUGGACAGGUGUGUCGGCCAAUCACAGGACAAUGCUGGCACGGACCCGUUUCAUCAUGGUGGUGGUGGUGGGAGCGCUGCUGGCCGUGCUGAGUUUCAGCCUGCAGUAUUUGCACCUGAUUCCAACCAAUCCGGUGGCAGACCAGAGGUCACAAGGUAAAAGCAGGAAGCGAGUGAAUCCGGUUCUCCAUACUGAGCCACCCAGCCCGGACCCAAUCCGAGACACCCAUCAGUACUGCAAUUACCCCAAUCUCACUGAACACGGCUGGGAGGGUCACAGUCCAGCCGACUACAAACUGCUGUCGGUCCAGGUGAUGAUUCGCCAUGGUGACCGUUAUCCUCUGUACUCCAUUCCUAAAACUAAGAGACCUGCUAUAGACUGCACACUGUCAGACAAGAGAAAGCCCUCUCACCCCCUCUUGGCCUCUUUCAUAAAUCACAUGGCUUUGGGAGGGCGUGGUCACUGGGAUGCAUCUUUGGGAUCUCUGCCUCGAUUACCCAAUCACAGCAGCUGUGAGACGGGAGAGCUUACGCAGACAGGUGUCGUACAGCACUUAAAAAACGGUGAUCACCUUCGUCAGGCCUACAUCAAGCGUCAUAACCUGCUCACCGAUGAUUGGUCGCCAAGGCAGUUGUGGGUGGAGACCACAGGUAAAAGCCGCACCCUGCAGAGCGGAUUGGCUUUCCUGUUCGGCUUCCUGCCAAAUUUUGAUUGGUCGCGGCUGACGGUACGGCAGCAGUGGAGUACGCUGUUCUGCGGUUCAUCGUGCGAGUGUCCUGCGCGAAACCGUUACCUGGAUCAGGACCAACGUAGACAAUAUCGCCAUAGGACAGCAAACACCGAACUGGAGCACACGUAUGUCGCCAUGGCAAAGGCUUUGGGUGUGGCGACGAAAACUCUCAGGGCAGCCAAUCCGGUGGAUGCGCUGUUAUGUCAUUUUUGUCACAGUCUUGCCUUCCCCUGCUCAAGCACACGGACUUUAACAGACACUCCCGCGGAGGAGGCGUGUCUUACGCUACAGCACUUUGCCGUGAUUCGUCGGCAACAGAAGGAUGAUGAACUGGACCGAAGAGAGGCGGGGAUAUACCGUCGUUACGCUGUGCUCGCAGCGCAUCCGUACCUUAACCGCACCGCGACACGACUGGAACGGAUCGCAAAAGGCAGACAGACGCGCAGAGGAAAAGAAGAGGCGGUCUUUGCUUUAGCCUCCGCCCAUGAUGUAACUAUGGCGCCGCUGCUAAGCGCCCUGGGUCUGGAAGGGGCGGGGUUUCCUAGGUUUGCCGCCCGGCUGGUGUUUGAGCUGUGGAACGGCCCAGAAGUGAAAGAAAAUAGCGGAAAAAAAGGAAAAGGGUUGGACAAUGUGUUUAUUCGUGUUCUUUAUAAUGGCGAAGACUUGACCUUUGACACAGCCUUCUGCCGUGACCACAGACGUGACUCCGCACAGCCCCUUUGUCCUCUGGGUAAUUUCCUCUCUUUUGUUAAGAGGGAUAUGUUUAAUAUUAUCAAUGCUACAAGUUACCAACAGGCCUGCCAUCAAAAUGUACUGUAGUACGAAUGUCAUUAGUGAAGGAUGUAAAGCACAAAGCGCACCCAGACAGCAGACAACUCUGGGCUGGAUCCGGCCGGGAGUCAUCUGCUGUCUGGGUGAAUGAGUAAUUGUUAAAGAGAGAAUCAAGGGAGAAAAAUGAAAGAUUUCCCUUAAACAUUUAAAUUUUGUCAAUUACGCACCCUAACAGGUUGUGUACAUCUUUCAUGAAACAGAAAGACAAGUUGAAAUGGGAAAAAGCAGACAUGGUGCUGCUGUCGUACUUCAAACAUAAUUGACAAUUAAAGUAUCGGAAAGGUUUUUUCACACUGACAUGCUGAACGACAAACAAACACCAACAUUCAAAGUUAGCUGCUGGAUUUAAAGCGACAUUCCAC